AUGGACAGGCGUGAGGGGACAGUGGCGAGUGGAAGUGGCAGGGAAGAGUAUGGGAGAAGGCGUGGGGGAACAGAGGCCUCAAGUCUAAAUGAGUCAAGGCUUUUCAAGAUUAGGAAUUUCUGUGAUGUGCACACAUGCUUGUUAAAGGAUAGAAUUUAUGAACAACGUCAAGCAACUUCCAAUGUCGUCAGCAUUAUUAUAAUGGAUAAGUAUGAAGAUCCAAAAACAAUAUACACACCCAAGGAUAUAUCUAGGGACAUGAGGAAACAACAUGGUGUAACAUUGACCUACAUGCAAGCUUAUAGAGCGAAGCAAAAGGCAAUGAUUAUGUUACGAGGGGAUCCCACCGACUCGUACAGUAAAAUUCCAGCCUACUUAUACAUUUUACAGAAGACAUAUCCGGGAUCGGUUGUAAGAUUGGAAAAAACAGAGAAAGACCGUUUCUUGUAUACCUUUGUAGCACUGGAAGCUUGUAUUAGAGGAUGGGAGUAUUGCAGACCUAUAGUGGUGGUUGAUGGAACCCAUCUUAAAUCAACUUACAAGGGGACUAUGUUAAUUGCUUGUACAUUGGAUCCAGGAGGUAGUAUACUUCCGCUUGCAUAUGGUAUAGUUGAUUUCGAAAAUGAUUCAUCUUGGACAUGGUUCUUUGAGCGGUUCAGGGAUGCUUUUGGUGAGAGGGAGAACAUGUGCUUUGUGUCGGACAGGCAUGAAAGUAUAUGGAAUGCGAGUGCAGCAGUGUACCCUGGGCUGCCUCAUUAUGCCUGUAUUUGGCAUUUGUGGAACAAUUUAAUUAAGCAAUGCCACAGAAAUAAAGAGCAGAUGAGGAAAUUAUACUAUGAAAUGGCUAAGGCAUACACCCUCUAA